GCAUGCAAUAGUACGUAUCCUACCGUUUCGACAUACACAAGUAAGUUUGUGCUUUUUCUACUCGUCAGUCGCGUGCCGGGCGUGAUAAAGUGUAGGUGGUAUUUGAAGUAUUUUCCUCUAUGUUCGAUAGGGAGGAUUUUCCUCAACGGAGAUUGUGCUCGAACAGGGUUUGCACUCUAUACUACAAAGAAGCUUUAAUUAGGCCGUACUUGUGGAAGUGGGAAAGGAAAAAAGUAACAGUGAUUACGUUAUUAAUUCGGUUAGAUAUCGUAACACGUGUAAUAAGUAACACUUAUAAAAAUCAAUUUUCGUCCCACUUCAACGAUUUCAAAUGUGGUCAAGUUUAGAUAUAAUAGAGGGAAACAGUUUUAAUUAAAUUAGCAACUAAGACGUUAUCCUUGAAAGAACAGUUUUAUGAAUGAAACUGAGUGAAACUAUCAUGAAACUUCCAGAAUGGAUGAAGCGUAGCCCCAAGUGCAAUGUGGGUGUUACAAGUAUUAAAAAAUCCAAAAGCGUCGGAAGUUAUCGAGGUUCUCACCGUCAUAGAAGAAAAUCGAGCACAUCUUCCAAUAAAGGAAAACGGAAGCGAAACUCUUAUGUUUCAUCUUCAAUAACUACAAAAAAUUUCUAUCCUGCUGAAGAAUUUUUUAAAGAUAGUCCAAGGUUUAACAAUACCUACCCUCAGCAUGCUAACACGCUACCGCCAAAUUUAAAUGGAUACAAAUGUUAUCAGUUGUACCCACUGAAUACGCCUGAACGGCGUCAAUAUGAUAACAUAUAUGCAUCAUCUACCUAUGAAAAUCUGAAUCAGAAAAAUUUCUCUAAAGUAGACGUGAAUGGCAUGCGUUAUGGACCAUUUCAACACCAUCAACAUCGCGAGUUUUCUCUCAACGAUCGCGCAAAUAUCGAACAAAGGAAGAUCACCGAACAUAUGCAGAUGCCAAUGGGAGUAAAUCCUAUGUCUACUAUGACGAUAGAUCGUAAAUUGACGCCCACUUGUAGAGCUUAUGCUGAUAGCUAUCUAUCAACUUUGCCCAGAGUAAAUCAAGUGGCGAUGCCAAUGAAUUUACAAGCAGAAACAUACGGUCAAACCAAAUGGUCUCCAUCAGAUAAAAAUGCGAUUAUCGACUACAGAAAACCAAAUAUAAUCUAUGGUCGUUCUGGUGUGGAGCAAUAUUCUGCCGGAGCUCAGGUGACUCUCAAGCCAAGACAAACUGUUCCCGUGAUGGUUGGUGGACUCAAUGAUAGUUUUAGACGCUACAGGAUACCUUCUCCAUCAGCUAUAUUAGAUUUGAUAAACGAUAAAUACAUCAACAUGAGAAAAUCUAAAAGCGAACGAACAUCUUGGGAUUAUAGUACGGUAUCGCUGUCGAGAGUACCUGGCUACGGGUUUGGGAUCGCAGUAUCUGGAGGACGAGAUAACCCACAUUUCGCUAACGGAGAUCCAUCGAUAGCAGUGAGCGAUGUGCUCAAGCAUGGCCCUGCUGAGGGUCAGUUGCAGGUUAACGAUCGCAUCAUUUCUGUAAAUGGAAUCUCGUUAGAAAAUGUAGAAUAUGCGACUGCCGUACAGGUGCUACGCGAUAGUGGCAACACAGUUACUUUAAUGGUCAAACGACGUGUCCCGAAUCAUAGUUUAAUGCAGCCAACAGGCGGCAGUACCAUAGCAGGAGGUGUUGGUGGCAAUUCACAUCAACAUCAGCAUCAACAUAGCCUCAGCUCAACCGGACUAGGAUUGGGUGCUUUAGUAAAUAAUGGAUCUCAACAGCAAAUCAAAGUGAUUGUUACGAAAGCGAGCAAGAAAGACGAUUUCGGUAUCGUGUUAGGAUGUAGAUUAUUCAUUAAGGAAAUUUCGUCCAAGACGAAAGAUCAAUUAGCUGCCAAUGGUUACUCACUGCAGGAAGGCGACCUUGUAACAAGGAUACACAACACAAACUGCAAUGACUCGAUGAGCUUGAAGGAAGCGAAAAAAAUUAUCGAUGGCUGUAAAGAGCGCCUCACUUUAGCCGUACUAAGAGAUACUACUAACAACACCCUAAAUGUUGGUCUUGGGGGUGGAACUAGUUCCGGCAUGCAAUCACCUGUCUACUCUCACACUGCGCAAGUUUCAAACUGUAGUAAUAUGGAUGAGAACUACCUUAAUGGGAACGGAGGGGCAUAUUCUGGACAAAAUCUGUAUGUCCAACCACCGACACGCCCUUCAGCCAUGAGUACGUUACUAGUAGAUGAUAAAAGUAACCUCACACCACGUGGAAGAUCACGAGGUCCACUAACAGAUAUUUCUUUACAACAACUAGACAGACCCAGUACACCACCAGGAGCGACAAGCAACAGAAGCGGUGAUGGAGCGUCAAAUGGAACUGGUCACACACGAUCGCGAAGCAUAAUCGAUGAACCGCCGCGGCCUCCUCCUCCUAGAGGAGAGGAUUUCUACAGCACUAGACGUCCAUUGCAUGAUGAAAAACCUACAUCAGAACCACGAUACAUCACAUUCCAAAAAGAAGGUUCCGUUGGCAUCCGGUUGACUGGAGGUAACGAGGUGGGUAUUUUUGUAACUGCAGUGCAACAGAAUAGUCCAGCUGCUGCACAAGGAUUAGUUCCGGGAGAUAAAAUUCUGAAAGUUAACGAUAUGGAUAUGAAUGGAGUUACCAGAGAAGAAGCAGUACUUUUUCUACUUAGCUUACAAGAUCGUAUCGAUCUGAUCGUGCAGUACUGCAAAGAGGAAUACGACAACAUCACAGCGCAACAGCGAGGGGAUUCGUUUCAUAUUAAAACUCAUUUUCACUGUGAAAACCCAUCGAAGGGAGAGUUGUCUUUCAAGGCUGGGGAUGUGUUUAGAGUAAUAGACACUCUGUAUAACGGAGUGGUAGGUGCUUGGCAGGUCUUACGCAUAGGCCAUGGCCAUCAAGAGCUGCAACGUGGUGUUAUACCAAAUAAGGCACGAGCAGAAGAGUUAGCCACCGCACAAUUCAAUGCGACAAAGAAAGAAAUGAACGCUUCAGAAUCAAGAGUCAGUUUCUUCCGAAGGCGAAGGUCAACUCAUCGUCGAUCUAAAUCUUUGUCACGGGAAAAUUGGGAUGAUGUUGUUUUUUCGGAUUCCAUUUCUAAAUUCCCUGCAUAUGAACGAGUAGUAUUACGGCAUCCUGGUUUUGUUCGUCCAGUGGUUUUAUUUGGCCCAGUCUCUGAUAUAGCACGAGACAGACUUAUUAAAGACUUUUCGGAUAAAUAUACUGCUCCUCUGCAAGACGAUGACAAAGGAUCGUCAAAAUGUGGAGGCAUUGUACGACUUUCCAACAUUCGUGACAUCAUGGAUCGCGGGAAGCACGCUCUGCUUGACAUCACACCAAAUGCAGUGGAUCGAUUAAACUAUGCACAAUUUUAUCCGAUAGUCAUCUUCUUAAAAGCAGACACAAAACAUAACAUUAAACAGCUGCGGCAUGGACUACCAAAAUCGCAACAUAAAAGUAGUAAGAAGCUGUUUGAGCAGUGCCAAAAACUAGAACGUGUUUGGUCUCACGUUUUCAGCACGACUAUCAACCUCAACGAUCCUGAUACUUGGUAUAGAAAAUUGCGGGAUUCAGUUGACCAACAACAGAGCGGCGCUGUCUGGAUGUCUGAAACGAAGCCUGUAGAAUCCCUUUCCGACGAUUUCCUAUUCCCCAUGACCACCUCCCGACUUUCUUACGCCUCAAGUCCGGAAUCGGACCUGGAACUGAGCCCGGGACCAUCGGCCUCAUUAUCAUUAGGAAAUUUACCACAAUUGGUGAAGUCAAGCUCUGAUCCAUCGAUUGCCACUAAUCAGGAUAAUUUGGAAAGGGCUAGAGAACUCGGUGAUGGAAUGCCACCACCAUACACGAAUCCCUAUGAGCAUUCAACCCAUUCCCGUCGCAUGGCUGUGGACACCAAAUAUGGAUUUUCAUCGAAAGGAAACAUGGGACCAUCCGAAGAGGCUAUUUAUGGCGCUUCUCGUCCGGCACCUCCAAUUCAACAUAGCGUCCAAGGGUCAACUCAUUUUGGUCCAGUUCCAGAUUUACCUCCUCGGAUUGAUCGAGCUUCCAAACCUUUAAAUACGACGACGUCAAGCACUCCAGGUUCGUCACAGCCUUCGCGCAAUUCAAGCACUGGAGGCACUUUGGGUCGUUCAGCUCAAGAACGACUGUUUGGGUCUAAGGCGUCUACCGAUAAUUUGGACCAAGCUGGCGACGAUUAUGCUACUCGAAGUCAGAUGCUUAGCGCAACGACCGACAAACGGGGAACCGCAACUAACGGCGUGAAUUCACUGGAGCGAGGACAAAAUUCCUCGCUGGACCGAUCUCGAUCCAGUCAACCACCGGUUGUUCCAGGAAAUCCAAACACACCGAGUAAAGCCAACGGAUCGUACGAUAGUGUGUCAAGCUAUGACUCGUACAACACAUCUCAACUCACGGCGCAGAAUAUGAGGUUAGGACCCAAUGCGCCCGAUGAUCUUAAAUCGGUGCCGAACGGACGUACAGGUACAGGGUUAACUCCAAAUCAAUCAAACGUAUCGGAUUAUAACCGGAAUUCCGGUAACAAUGAUCUACUAAUGACUCCACCUAGAACUAGUCACUUGCAUUCUGAGAGAAGCAAUUUUAAUGGUGCGCACGAUUUACUAACUCCAAGAAAUUCAAGUGAUCGUACAAUGCAUGUGCCACAGCGUCCAUCCAAUCUGGCAUUAGAUAGUCCAAGGAAGCAUAUUCUCGAAACAAAAACGGACUAUGGAAAAUACAGCCGAAACAACUCAGCAUCACAAGCGGAUUACUCUAAACCCAAUAAGAUUCCACCUCCGAUGCUAGGCACACCUCCCGCGAACGGUAGUAAUGGAGGCAUACCAUUCAAGCCAGUGCCACCACCGAAACCGAAGAACUACAGACCGCCUAUCGGCGGAAGUAAUAGCGGUCCGAACAGUGGGCCCAUGAAUUCUGGUCAAUGGGAAAAUGGGGAACCCAUAUCACCUCGGUCACCAAACGGAUUCUACUAUCCACCCAUGUCAUCACACUACCACCAGAGUGUAGCUCAUAAUGUGCCAAAUUCUCCCAAUAGUAAUCAUAUGAACAGCGGUACCAAUCAUCCAACACAGAUGCAUCCUUAUAGUCAAUAUGGAGGAAAUCAGUACAACGGUUACCACGGAAAUAAUGGCGGCCAAUCACACUAUAUGGGUAAUUCUGGCCGCGAUUUGGGAAUGGGUCAUAAUAACGGUUAUAGUGGUAAUGCUCAUCAUCCUUAUGGAAAUAAUUACAUGAAUAGAGGUAGCGGGGGUCCAAUUCAUGGCAUAGGUAAUAUGACUGGAUUACAUCCGUCUGAGCGACAUCCACUUGAUCUGGCUGGUAGUCGUGAACAAAGAGGAUCAGCAUUUGAGUUAUACCGAAAACCUCAGCUUGGUACGGCUGGGCACCAUCAUAAUCUACGUGAAAUGGAGCCAAUGAUGUCGAUACACGAGCCAAUGAUGUCGAUACAUGAGUUUAAUCAACACCAACAGAAUCUGAUAUAUCAGGAACGUUUGCGUCAGCAACAACAGCUGCCCCUUCCUCCCAUUCCUGGUACGAUCGAGUAUGAUGUGUACAAUAGUAAAAACCAUCCCCAAUCAGGACCUCCGCCUGAGCUACCAGCAAAACCGUUAAAGAAAAAUAUUCUAAGAUCUCCACUUAAAGCUAUCAAAAAUGUUUUCAUUAAAUCAACUAGACCAUUACGCAGGCAAGUAAGUCUAGCGGAAACUGAUAAGAAACUUCGCCCUAUAUUGAAAAGACAACAUUCCAUGAUGGAGCCCCGUUCAACACGAAUAGAUACCAGAUUUCAUGAACCAAUUUACGACUCACGACAAUACUUUGGACAACAAAUGUACCAUUAUGAUCCUAGACAGCAGAUUUCGCUGCCGUCCCGUCACAACCAAGGUUAUCAGCGCCACGAGCCAUUCUAUCCAAAAGAUCCUAACAGCACCUAUCAGAACCUUGAAUCCGAGUCGAUUUAUGGCAACUAUGGAAUGGGUGGAUAUUACGAACAAGAACAGGAGAACCUGUAUGCCAAUAGAGCGCUUAUUGAGUUGGAACGACCGAGACCAGAUCUUAUGCCAGGAUCGGGAUUCAACACAACAGGGCGUCGCAUAAUUCGUCGUCAUAGUAUGGCAGAUCGAAGUGCUCCUUCACCAAGCUUCAACAAUAUCAAUAGACGUAGAUUAGGUUCAGAUAGAUAUCAUAUGGAAAUGAACAGGUCUAUUAAUGAUGAUUCUAUCUAUCAGAGUAAAAGUGGUUCUUACAUGUACAAUGAAGCUCGUGAUCCGCAUCGGCGUACAGUAGAUGAACCAGUAUAUCAAAGUAGGAAAGAGAUGCAUAGAGAUCAUCUCUAUCAGAGCAAAAAGCAGAUGCAGGAUAGAAUACAACAGAGCCGACUAGAAAUGCAGCAAACCCAACAUCGAGACCGUUGCGACUCUCCUGGAAAUUCAAUACGCGCUAAAGAUAUUACGGAAUCAAGCUCAAGUUCACCGUCCAGCUCUACAUACUCAACACGAAAAGAAUUGAAGGAAAAGGGCUUUAAACCGCGUACCCAACUAAGAGAUCAAAUUUACCAAUCUAGACGGGAAGCAAUGGAAUCGAUGGCUGAACCUGAUUACAUUUCGAAAAGAGAAUUGAAGCAUGAACCUAUUUAUGAAGUAAGAAAUGAAAUCGAAGCGGUAUCUUCUUUAGAACUUAGCAAACUUCAAAUCACUGAGAACAAACUCGAUCUUAACGUUCAAGAAGAUGAUCCGAUCAACGAUACAGUUACCAAUCAACCUGUUGAUGCAGUUCAUGACGAAAUUGAACCCAUUGAAUCGAGUAAAGCUCCUUUGGCAGUCUCAGAAGACGACGAUGAUGACACACUGACUAAAACCAAUGAAUCAGACUUGCAAAAGGUGACUGCGGUAGCCAGUCAAAUCAAGGUAACCACUCCAUUGAGCUCUCGUUCGACACAUAUUUCGAAUUUUUUGAAACGUACUGCUCCACCUCCGGCACCACCUGCUUUCCAACCACCACCACCACCGUUGUCAACUGGGAACACGACAAGUACUACUGUGGUUAGUCCCCGAUCUGCCGAAGUUUACGACAGCAGAACAUCGAUCGAAACUCAGUAUAACUCUCAAAUGAGCUUACCGAUAGGGCCUCCGAAUGCCCACAGCACUCCUUUCACUAGUGAAAUGUCGCUUGGGUUACCUCCACCAAGACAGCCAAUUACUCGGCGAGGAAUUUUCGAUUCUACCGGCGGCACCCUAGCGGAUCCCAUCUGGAAUGUUUCGUUGCAGAUUCCAGCUGGUGCAAUUCCGACAGGCACAAAACAGGAAAUUUAUUUCACCGUCACGGAUCCACGGCUCAGCGAAAGUGUCGGUGGGCCACCGUUGGAUAUGGAAAAUGGUGAAACAAUGCUUUCGCCUCUAGUGAUGUGUGGUCCCCAAGGAACAGAAUUUCUGCAACCGGUAACACUGAACAUUCCGCACUGUGCUGGUCGAACAGCUUCGCUUGGACUCUCUCUUAAAGCAACUGAUAGCGAAAAAAACCUUCAAACCGACUGGGACAACAUCGAACUGCCGAGUAACGCUGCCGCACAUACCGUAUCUGUAAAGGUCGAUCAUUUCUAGUAAUUUGACAUCCAAUUGAAGCUAAGAUCACCUCCGCGCACAACCGUUGAUGUUUCAUGCGAGUCUGCAGUUAAAUAUAUCAUCCCACAAUGUUUAACAAUCGGAUAAAUCUUAUGUGCCUUCAAUUUACCAAGAUAUAGUUGUGCAACGAAAAACACAUAAGUGUUUUAUAUUAGAGCGUUGUACAAGUUGUACUAUUUGCCAUCAAGUCAGUAUAAAAUGUAUUUUAUUCUCGUAAAUCAGUAAAUUCUCGUAAACCAACAAAAUAUAAAAAAUAUCAUUGCCAUCACAAAUGAAAUUUGUACAUAAUUAUAAUUCCUACUUUGUACAGCAAAUAUUUCAAUACUUCUAAACUGCUGUUCAUAAACAUAUACAUUGAAACUCUCAAUCCAGCCUCGUCAAAAUAGUUGUUUUUUUAUUAGUGCUGCAACUUUUGUAAAAAUUGAAACUUCUUUAUAUUAAGGCUGCCUAAGGUGUAGGAGAGAAUGGUUUAAAUAUACUAUUAUACAACAUAAUUUUGUAAAUUUUUUGCCACCAUUGUAAUAAAAUGAAUAUCAAUUAUUACAAAUACAA